CGACAAGCAAUUCUGGGAUAUCGAACCGCCGCAGCCAUUGGCUCACCUCUGCUCUACACAGUUGCUUGUGAAGAGCGCGCAAGAUGGCCGCCAAAGCAAAGGUCGUUUCGACAUUUCACAGAUAUACAGUCCAACCGAAAGGAAUAUACGCCAUCAUCAACCGAUGGCUCGCACUUGAUCCCAACCGCUCGACGGGUGUCCCUCUAAACCCUCAAUUCCGUUACCCAGCUCCCGGUUCCAACGACCCCAUGGCCUACGAUGAUCCCGUCACCGUGCCCGCUGCAGACAUCGCCGAGAACUCCUACUGGAAGCGCGACGUGCGCCGCCGGUACCCUCAAACUUCAGUAAUCACCCAGGCAGACGCGGUCGCGCUCCUGGAGGUGGGGAGUGCUGCGCAGCCAAAGCGAGAGUUGAUCGGGGAUGCAGGUGCAAAGCAAUUGGUCGCGGCUCAGCAAGAUGGACGGAAAGGGUUGAGUGUUGCAUUUGAGAAGAACGUAGGGUUGGUGAAGGACAUCUUGGGCCCUGGGGGAAUGCCUCCGAUGCCGGGUGGAGAACACCCCCAAGGCAUCAAGAGAUACCGGUUGGACACGCCCCAGAGCUAUCCGAAGAGCUAUCCUUGCAGAUCGUUCAUCUGAAGCUGGGCUGCUUAUAGACACCAUCCCGGGGCAAGACUGUAAAUAAGCGAACAUGUUUCCUUUUGUUUGACGAACUCUGCUUUGUGAAGACUGUGACAUUUCUUUGGCAGUCCCAGUGUUCCCGAAAUUUUCUUGCCUUCCUCAUCUUCGGUUUUCCGUCUGUCCGCUUCUGCAUUCUCCUGCCUAACGC